GAGAAGUCCAUGAGGAUUAGUUGAUAGUGGAUUGUUGGGGUUUUAGGGUCGUUUGAGUUACUGAUAGACUAUCGUGAUUUUAAUUUUUAAAAAUGACAACUAAUAAAAGUUCCAAAGUUACAAUUGUAGGUUCCGGCAACUGGGGCUCUGCAAUUGCUAAAAUUGUUGGCCGAAACACUAAGAAACUAUCAGAAUUUGAUCCAACUGUCACUAUGUAUGUUUACGAAGAAAUGAUUGAUGGCAGGAAACUGACAGAAAUUAUUAAUGAACAGCAUGAAAAUGUUAAAUAUCUUCCAGGAAUAAAACUUCCCGAUAACGUUGUUGCUGAGCCGGAUCUCAUAAAAGCUUGUGAAGCUGCUGACAUUCUUGUUUUUGUGCUUCCUCACCAAUUUAUUCCAAAAAUAUGUUGUAUGCUGAAAGGCAAAAUUAAAUCUAAUGCAAUUGGUCUGUCUCUUAUCAAGGGCUUUGUUACCAGUGAAGAGAAAGGAAUCCAACUUGUAUCCCAUUUAAUCCACAAUUUACUUGGAAUUGAAGUUGCUGUUCUUAUGGGUGCUAACAUAGCUAAUGAAGUAGCUAAAGAGGAAUUCUGUGAAACUACAAUUGGUUGCAAAGAUUCAACCAAUGGUCUCCUUUUGAAGAAAUUAGUACAAUCAGAAAACUUCAGAGUAGUUGUUGUUGAUGAUUGUGAUACAGUAGAAGUUUGCGGUGGAUUAAAGAAUAUAGUUGCAUGCGCAGCUGGUUUUGCAGACGGUUUGGGUCUUGGAGACAACACAAAAGCAGCCAUUAUUCGACUUGGAAUGAUGGAGAUGAUAAAUUUUGUAAAUAUGUUUUAUAAAAAUGGAAAUGUCAAAACAUUUUUUGAAAGCUGUGGUCUUGCAGAUUUGAUAACCACAUGUUACGGAGGCAGAAAUAGAAGAUGUUCUGAAAUAUUUGUCAAAAGCAACAAAUCUUUGGAUGAAAUAGAACGGGAAAUAUUGAAUGGACAGAAGCUGCAAGGACCAUUAGCUGCAGAAGAAGUAGUCUUUAUGUUGGAACAAAAAGGGGUGACACAGAGUUUUCCUCUCUUCUGCGCUGUUCAAAAAAUUUUCAAGCGAAUUAUCCCUCCUCCAAUGUUGAUUGAGAUGCUGAGGGAACAUCCAGUCCAUCAACAAGGGUAUUUAGAACUGCUAUUUGAAAGAAAAGAAAAAGAAGCAGAACAAAGAUAAUAAUAUAUUUAUUUGUUUUAAAUAUAAUAUUGUACAUUUAUUUUUUUAAAUUAUAUUUAUAAAUAUUUUUUGUUGAUUAAUAUAGCACAAAAACAAUGUGA